AUGAUACUCGACAGCACCACCCCGCUGUGGUUGAAAAUCAUGUACCUCAGCCUGGAGGCCAUCAUCGGGCUCUGCGCCAUCAUGGGCAAUGUGCUGGUCAUCUGGGCGGUGAAACUGAACCCCAGUCUGCAGACCACCACCUUUUAUUUCAUCAUCUCCUUAGCCCUGGCCGACAUCGCGGUCGGUGUGCUGGUCAUCCCUUUGGCCAUUGUUGUCAGCAUGGGCUUCGAAAUGCACUUGUACUGCUGCCUGUUCAUCUCCUGUGUGCUCCUAAUCUUCACCCACGCCUCAAUCAUGUCCUUGCUGGCCAUCGCUGUGGACAGGUACCUGCGAGUCAAGCUCACGGUCAGAUACAGGAGAGUCACUACCCAAAGAAGAAUAUGGUUAGCCCUGGGCCUUUGCUGGCUGGUGUCCUUCCUGGUGGGAUUGACCCCCAUGUUUGGCUGGAAUAUGAAAACGACCUUAGGGUACCCCCAAAAUGGCACCACGCUCCACUGCUAUUUCCGUCGAGUCAUGAGUCCAGACUACAUGGUCUUCUUCAGCUUCGCCACCUGGAUCUUCCUGCCUCUGGUGAUCAUGUCUGCGCUCUACCUGAACAUCUUCAUUACCAUCCGGAAAAAACUCAGUCAGAACUUGUCUGGGUCCAGAGAGACAGGUGCAUUUUAUGGACGGGAGUUCAGGACAGCCAGGUCACUGUUUCUGGUUCUCUCCCUGUUUGCUCUGUGCUGGCUGCCUUUGUCCAUCAUCAACCUGAUUUAUUACUUUGGCGUUGUGGUGCCACAAGUCAUGAUUUGCCUGGCCAUCCUGCUGACCCACGCUAACUCCAUGAUGAACCCCAUCAUCUACGCUUGCAAAAUAAAGAAGUUCAAGGACACCUAUUUUUUGAUCCUCAGUCCUUGUAGGGUCUGCCAGGCCUCAGAUUCCUUCAACAUAAACAUUGAGCAGAUUUCUGACUAG